GUGUAGGUACAAAUUUUCGCUUUGUUGCUUGUGUUUAUUGUGAUAUACUGAAUCUUGUCUGUCUCUAAAUAGAAACUAUUUUGAUAAGAUAAAAGUUAAGGAAAUUUGCAUAAUGAUAAAAUAUAACAAUGGCAAAAGACAAUAGCAAUCACAGUUGAAAGCAGACUUGAUUUUUCAUUUUAUCGAGUCUAGUUAGAACUACAGCCACCAUGGAUCAUUUCGGUCUUUCUCACAUAUUGUACGAGCCUGAUAAAUAUAACCCUGAUACUUUAGACUUGCUUGUGGAUGAAGAAGCUCGAGAAUACUGGCUGAAUACUUGUGAACAUCUUGUGGAGAAAUAUGUUAACUUCGCUCUUACAAAUAAUGAUGAUCCAACUGUAGAGAUAAGAGCCCUUAAGUUCAAGACAUGCUAUGUAGAAGCUUUGAAGGAACUCAGAAUAAACCCGCUUGCUCAUGGACCGCUGACUAUAAGACUACUUCUUGAUGUCAAUGAAACAUGCCUUCGCUCCCAGGGUUUUUUCGAUCUAUGGAAACAACAGAAGAAAUAUGAAAAUGAGAAUGCGCUAGCAUCACUUAGUGCAAGAUUGGCAGAACUUGAUGCAAUUCUUGAUGACCGGCAAAGAUGGAUAGAACUUGGCAGAGGACUGUUGGCUGGUAACAUGUUCGACUGGGGUGCACAGGCUGUAACAGAAAUUAUAGAUUGUGGGCUGUAUGAUGCUCUAGAGAAAAUCCAGAAAAGGCCAUGGCUGUUUGAUGGCCUCGACAAAUGGAUGGACAAAUUAGAGAAAAAAGUUCAUCAUUGUGCUGCUGUUUUUGUGGACAACAGUGGUGUGGAUAUCAUAUUGGGAGUAUUACCUUUUGUGAGAGCGUUACUACUCAGAGGCACAUCUGUAAUUUUGUGUGCUAAUGAGUGGCCAGCACUCAAUGAUGUGACCUGUUCAGAAUUAGAAGAAAUAUUGCAAAGAACAGCUUUGAUUUGCCCAGUAAUGGCAGCUGCCAUGGCUACAGGAGAUUUAGUCGUCAGAUCUAGUGGGCAAAGAGGUCCAUGUCUAGAUCUUAGGACAAUCAGUGUAGGUCUUUGUACGGAAAUGAAAGUACGCGGAGUCGACUUAAUAAUAUUAGAAGGAAUGGGUAGAGCUUUACAUACAAAUUUGAACGCGCGAUUGGCUGUAGAUUCUCUUAAAUUGGCUGUAGUAAAAAAUGCUUGGUUGGCACAGCGUCUUGGUGGUCCCCUGUUUUCUGUAAUUUUUUUAUAUGAAGAUAAACCUACACAAACGUAACAGUCUCCAAGAAUGUUAAUUAUUUCAUCGACUCGGACUUUCUCAGUAUUCAUGUAGAGUAAGUCAACAUUACUCAGAAAAUGUAACUGCCUACCUUUUUCCCUCUGCACAUUCAAAUUUUUGAAUGCUCAUUGUGUAUAAUGACUUAUCGGAAUAUAUUGAGUGUUACCCUGAUUA